AUGGCGGAUAUGGAGGAGUUUAUCGAGUCGUUCCAGUGGACCCAGCGGACACCCAGAUGGUACGGACCACCCCGGACUCCCCAAAAUAGCCCCGAGGACCUCAGCAUCACUGGCCUUAAGUGGGCAGCUGCCUGGCAACGCUGGAGUGUACCAUCAAUAAUGUGGCGUUCUGGUGGUGGAUUGAGCAAGAACUUCAGUGGCAGUGGAUCACCAGGUAAUCCCGAGGGCUUCAACUGUCCCGCCUGUGGACGUAUCUACAAACUCAAAAGUAGUCUACGUAAUCAUCAAAAAUGGGAGUGCGGAUUCUUCGCAAGUAUCAAUUGGAAUUCCGAUGGCUCACGACGUCGUAACAACACCAUCGCUGAUGUACCAGCACCACUGGCACCCCAACGUCGUCCACGUCUUCACCUACCAACACGUCAUGUCAGUCGUAAUAACAAUCGACCAUUGACUAUUUCAGCCCACGACAGACGUCACGAUUGUUCACGAUGUGGUAAAUCGUACAAGAAUGCGUAUAUUUUGAAGAGACAUUUGUUGUAUGAGUGCGAUGUUGAUCCGGGGGGUCCACGUGGCUCCAAAAAACGGAGAGCAAAAAUUUCGAGGGGAAAAUUCGUCUGCGAGUGCGGAAAACGAUAUAUGAUAAAGGGAAGUCUAGAGAGACACAGACGUUACGAGUGUGGAACACUCCCUCUGUUCUCAUGUCCAAAGUGUUACAGGCUCUUUAAACAUCGUCACCACGUGCUGUCGCAUUUAAAAAAAACUUGCUCAAAAGUUACCCAAAAAACCGACUGGACUUACAUGGACUUGUCCUGGAUAAAUCAUCAUUACAGGCCACCAAUGAAAAAACCAUUCAUUUGCAAUAUUUGUGGAAAGUCGUACAUGUGGAGGGAGUCACUUCAGAAGCAUCAGCGAGUUGAAUGUGGAAAAUUACCCAGCAUACCCUGUCCAAGACCAGGUCAAGGUAUCAGAAUCCACAACAAUCGGACACGACCAAUGUGGCGUCCCUUCUCCUGUCACUUGUGCGGAAAGUCCUACACCCGAAAAGACACCCUGAGACGUCACCUGCGAUACGAGUGCUACAAAAAGCCCCAGUUCAUAUGUCCAAUAUGCAACAAAGCCUCGACCCAGAGAUCAAAUUUGCAACGUCACUGCAAGACAAUUCACGGAAUCGAUCUCUCCCAGCUCCACGACGCCCGCUUUCGACGCCCCUAAGCCCUCAAAAGUCCCCCCAUUAACAAUAACAAUUGAAUGAUUAACAAAAGGAUCAAUCGACGAUCAGUUGUCAUUCAGAAUCGAUUGAUAAAGAGAAUAAAAACGAAGCGCACGAGUCAGUAAUCGAAAAUUAUUGAAAAUAUAUUUCAAUGCAGAGAUUUUCAACUGACUCUUCGUUGAACAAUAUUUAUCAAUAACAAAAUAACGUUUUUCUAUGCUACAACCACUUGUAGAUAUGUCUCACCGUUGCCUUGAGUGGUUUUCCAAUAGAUUAACAAAAUAAAAAUCUAAUCGAUAAGAACAAAAGCUCAUCAAUCACAUGGGUAAACAUUCCAUUUGCUCAUUAAUGUUUAAUGUUUUAUUACGUUUAACUACUGUAUAUUUCAAUUGUUUGCCGUUAGGAAGAGAGUCGUGGAUCAUCAGCAUGGAAGUUCAUCUCGAAGAUGAUGAAAUCCCAUUUAUUUCUAUUGCUUAUAUUUUUUAUAAUCGUUAAAGCCCAUUAAAAUACGAAAAAAAAAAAUCCAAUCAAAAUUAUCAUCAGCCCGUCGGUAAUUGUGGGUAUUUUUGUAUCGCGGUUUCAGGACAUCUUCAAAGGUUGCAUUAUUCCAUUGUUCGGACAGAUAGCGUAUACAACACGAUG